AUGGCUACCGGGAAGUCGCGUCCAACGCCAUUGGGGACCGGCAAUACGGGCACUCGUGCUCCUACUCCCACAAAUAGAAUCAGAGCAUCCCAUCGUAACACAGUAUCAUUGCUGUUGACAAGAGACGAAAUCAUGCUACAAGAAUACGACGUCAAAGACAAAGAAAGCAGCGUCACAUUCUUAGAGAAGUCCCCCUUCCGUCAUCUAGGCGAACCUAUGUCGAACGAAAGCUUAAUAUUAACAAUUCUUCACAUCACUCAGUACACAGGCAUCCCUCGAACAGCUAUAGAAGGACUAAGGGCUGUCGCAGUACUCCUCGAAGACAACCUCAACAGUACUCAAUCCCUAACUUCAACCACCCAGCAGCUUGCCGACUCUCUUACGACAUCGCUCUCGGCCCAAGUCGUGGCCAACCUUUCGUCAUCGCUCUCAGCACACGUCAUAGCAGCUAUCUCGCCUCAAAUAGCUUCCAUACUCACCACGUCAGAAAGCCUCAAAUCAAACGUCGAAAAACUAGCAAAAUUCAAAUCAGACUUGGAAGCAAACUCCGAAAACAUCAGCACAACCACAUCUGCCUCAGCAGCUGCCACACGAGCGGAGAAGGCAGCAGAUGCCGUAUUGAACAGUAUCUCUGACGUUAAAAACGCAUUACUAACAGCUCACCCACCCUCCAACCAGCCGAAUAGCGCCCUUUCAUAUAGCGCAGCAGUACGACAGAACACCCAACUCCCAGCACCGGUCUCGGCAGCACUCAUACGUGCAGCAACCAAAGAGCGCCAGAUUCUACUUGAACCAGCAACAGGCGGGAGGAUAUACGAGCCUAACGACAACUCAAUAGAUAUAGCAAAGAAAAUCAAGAACGCAUUUGCAGCAACCUCGACCGAAGACUCACCCGAGAUACAGAUCAAGGCUACCACUCGCUUGAGAAACGGGGGACUCAUAGUUGAACUAACUACGGCAGAAGCGGCAAACUGGCUACGUGCACCAGAAAACAGACUGAAAGUCACAGGCGCCCUAGAAUCCCCAGUAUACAUCAAGGAACGACGCUUCACCAUCAUUGUCCCAUUCCUACCAGUAACACUCGGCAUCGAGGACGCAGAAUGGCGUCGCGCAGCAGAGGAGGAAAACAGCCUACCGAUAGGCUCCAUAGAAGCGGCUGGCUGGAUCAAACCCAGAAUCUGGAGAUCACCAGGCCAGAAAGUAGCUCACGCUCUAUUCCACUUCGCAGAUCCAAAGGCGGCCAACACAACACUACGCGAUGGUAUUUACAUCAAUCAAGAAAAAUACCACCCACGCAAGGACAAGAGGGAACCGGUAAGAUGCGUCAAAUGUCAACUCUGGGGCCACAUAGCAAAGGAUUGUAAUGCCUCAACGGAUGUAUGCGGGACUUGCGGCAAGAAUCACAGGACCAAUGAAUGCAAUGCCUACAAAACAUUCUACUGCGUAAGCUGCAACUCACAGAAUCAUGCGAGUUGGGACAGGAAUUGCCCAGAGUUCGGAAAUAGAUGCGCAGGAAUCGACGCUAAGCUCCCAGAAAACUCGAUGCCCUAUUUCCCCACUGACAAAGACUGGACACAGGUAAUGCUGCCUCCAAAGCCAGCGCCCUAUCGAAAACCUAUCGAACAGCCGCCACCUGAAGCUAGACCCCCUCUCCGUCAAACUAACCUCCCUUACGAAAACAGAAGAAACUAUGGCAAGCCAUUGCGAGGCAUGCCCACACAAUUUGGCCGUUCCCACCUCCGCGCAUUCACUCCAACAGGCUCUAACUCGAUCCCACUCCCUCCAGGCUGGGACAAGGACCCCCCCUCGGCCAGCAACUCAGCAACAAACUUCACCUACAAAUGCAACCGCGCCGUCAACCCCCAUUCAUCCUUCCACCAACGAGCCAUCAACUCCUGCCUCCAUUCUGUCCUACCCCACCUCUUCCCCCUCCUCCUCUUGCAAUGA